AUGGCUCCAUCCCUCGUUUCCCUGGGUACUGCCGCCCUAGCCCUGGUCGGCAACGCUGCCGCUACCAAGUGGUAUAUCGAAGACACCUACGACUCGACCAACUUCUUCGACAAGUUCAACUUCUUCACCGAUGACUCGCCUAAUCAGGGAUUUGUCAACUUUCUGAGCAAACAGCAGGCUAUCAAUGCCGGCAUCGCCAAGAUUGACAAGGGUGAAGUUCUCCUCGGAGUUGACAGCAAAAAUGUUGUCAAGGCUGGUGCCCGUGGUCGUGACAGUAUCAGGAUCGAGUCCAAGGCUCAGCUGAACAAAGGGCUCAUUAUUGCUCGUUUCACACACUUGCCCGAGAACAAAUGUGGUACUUGGCCCGCUUUCUGGACCGUCGGUAAUGUUUGGCCAACGGACGGCGAGGUUGACAUGCUCGAAGGCUGGAACACCAACUCUUUCAACAAGCCUGCUUUCCACAUGAACAAGGUGAGCCAGUUUGGCAGCUGCACGAUUUCGAAUGUUGGUCAGAGUGCCACUGUUGCCACCUCGAACUGCGACAACGAUUAUUCCAACCCCCCUAUUCAGUGGAAUAAUCAGGGAUGUGUUGGCAAUGACGUUAAGGGCCCCUGGGCUAGCGCAGACGGUGGUGUUUACGCCAUGGAGUGGACUAGUGAGUUCAUCAAGGUUUAUACAUGGCACUGGAAGGAUGUUCCCGCAAACAUUGGCUCUGAUUCUCCUGAUUCUUCUACCUGGGGACUUCCCACCAUCCAGGUGCAGAAGUCUCUCUGCAAUGUCGAUAAGGUCUUUAAGGACCAGCGUAUCAUCUUGAACAUUGACCUUUGCGGAAACCCUGUUGACAGAGUGGGAACUUGGGACCAGUGUGGCAUCGCCACUGGCAGCACUUGCAAGGACUACGUUACCAAGAACCCGUCUGCUUUUGCGAACGUCUUCUUCAAGGUCAAGGAUAUCCGUAUCUUCAGCCAGAACGCUCCCAAGACUACCACGAAGUCCACCACUUCCACGACGAAGACGACGUCUUCCACCUCCACCAAGCCGACUACCACCACGACUACGUCCAGCACCAAGACGACGUCUUCUACCACGUCCACCAAGCCUACUAGCACCUCCACGACUGCAUCAAGCACCAAGACCACGUCUUCUACCACCUCUACCAAGCCUACUAGCACCACCACUUCCACCACUUCGACCGCUUCAAGCACCAAGACGAGCACUUCCACCACGUCUACCAAGGCAACCAGCACCACUUCCAGCACGAAGACUACGUCCUCCACCUCGACCAAGCCAACAACCACCACGACGGUUGAGUCCAAGACGACCACGUCUGCCACCACGUCUUCCAAGCCUGCUACCACCACCACCACGUCUGGUGUGAAGACGACCACUACAACUACUUCAGAAAUCAAGACCACCAGCAGCAGCAAGGCUACCGAGACAACCACGAGCACUACCUCCAAGACUGGCGGUGUCACUACCUCGAGCACCUCCAAGGCUACUGACACCACGAGCAGCACGACUUCCAAGGCUUCCGUGUCUACCGACUCAACGACUUCUACCACCAAGGCCCCGAUCACCACUACCCCAACGUCGCUGGCCAGCUCGUCAACCAAGUGGUCCAACUCCACCAUCACCUCCUCCGUUGAGAUGACGACCUCCACUGUAUACACCACUGCCACUCACACCAUCACCAGCUGCAAGCCAACCAUCACCAACUGCCCCAUUGGCAAGGUCACCACCGUGACCAUCCCUCUGUAUACCACGGUCUGCCCUGUCUCUGCCGUCAAGACCACCCCAGCCGGCCCUAAGCCCACCAAGACCCCUGGCCACGGAGGCAAUGGUUCUGACAAGACCAUCACCACCAAGGUGACCAAGACCUACACCAUCACUAGCUGUGCGCCUACCGUCACCAACUGCCCCGUUGGCCAGGUCACAACCGAAGUCGUCACCACCACCUACUGCCCCGGCGAGGAGACCCAGGUUCCCACUGGUCCCAAGGGCGGCUUCACCACCCAGUCGCCCUUCCAUCCUUCCAAGACCAUCAUCUACAACACCGAGACUGUUGUUCCUAAGCCCACUCAGCCCGGCGGCUGGAACAACGGCACCUCCAACGCAACCACCAUUGCCCAGCCCCGACCUACUGGCUCCCAGGUCGUCUGCGUCGGUGACUCCUGCAACGUCGAGACCAGCAGCCCUACCCCUACCCCAGGUAACCAGGGCUGCACUGGUCCCAACUGCCCGCCUACUGUUGUCAGUGGUGCUGCCAAGCAGAGCCUGAGCGCUCUCGUCGUCCUCGGCGCCGUUGCCGCUAUGAUGCUGUAA